AUGGACAACACAACGACCGGCGUCACGGUGCUUGACUUCACCAGCCAAGUCUGGAACCUCUCCCUACACGACGCCAACCUGACCCACGACCCGCCGUCCGACGACCCGCAGUCCGACGAAAUCGUGGACGCCGCCACCCGCCGGCUGUGGAUGAAGAUCCUGAUGUUUGCCGUCACCCCCGGGAUCGGCGUGCUGGGUGUGGUCGGCAACACGCUGAGUAUCCUGAUCCUGCUGAGGCACGGGCUCAAGAAAUGCUCCAACAUCCUGCUGGUCAGUCUGGCCGUGGCGGACAUCAUCUUCCUCAUCGCCUACAACAGCAUCCCCAAGAUCUUGUACGAGACCUCGGACAUACGGGGAUUUGAAGGCUUCUCUCUGUCCGACUCCCAUAUCCUGGUUGUGUUCUACGCCAUCUUCAUGUGUCUGGACUUCGCCUCUAGCCUGGUAUCUCUGACCAUGCCCAUGUUGAUCACUCUAGAGAGGCUCAUCGUCAUCUUCUUCCCACUGAGUGCAUACCGCAUCAUCACACCAAAGCGCACGUGGUGUGCAGUCAUCAUUGUCGUGCUCUACUCUCUGAGCUUGUUCGUCUACCCCAGCUUUUGGUUCGAGCUGAAAUACGAAUGGGACACAACUCGGAAUAUUUCAGUCGGGUUUAGAGAAUUCUCUCCCCUACACACAAGGGACGCUAUCGCGGUACGGGUCAUUGAAGACAUGUGCGUUUACUCUAUCGUGGUUGUCCCUCCUUUAUUCACAGUCGCUGGCUGCAUCGUCAUCUCCAUCAAGGUCAAGGUCGUCUCGAUGAACCGGAAGAAGAUGACGACCAAGCAAGUGUCGAGUAACCGCACGACCAUCAUGCUGCUGGCUGUGUGUGCCGUCUACACGUUGACGUGUGUCACCAUGACCGUCCCCAUCAACGUGCCCAUCAUCUCGUACGGUCCGUACUCCGAGACGCACCCCUCAAACCUUGCCGUGAUCAUGUACCAGGUCAUGAACAUCUUUAUCUGCAUCAACAGCUCCUGUAACUUCAUCAUCUACGUCGGCCUCAACAAGAACUUCAGGAAAACUUACCUGGAGCUGUGUUCCUCCAAACAACGCUUGAACUCCCUGAAGUCGGCCCGGUAUGAGCAGAAGUCAGACAGCCAGGCCAGGUCACGCCAGACGCAGGUCAGUGUUGUAUCGUCUGCACAAGAUGGCGCUGUGACGUCUGCCCAACAAGAUGACGAUGACUUUUAG